AACUGCGCGCUCACAGCUUCAGAGGGUCGCCGCCGCGUCUGCGCAUGGGGAGCUGGUUGCCGCUGCAGCCGCCUGGAAUUGUGGGGAUUGUGUCUGCCCCUCGGCUGGCGGGCGGGAAGCCAAAGAUGGAAGACUUGUCUUUGAAGUACGGAUUUCAGACUUUGGUGUUUUUCAAAUCACCUAGGAGGUUGUGUACAUCCCUGGCCUCUACUCAGUGAUUUCAUUUAAAGUGGAAUAUGGGCACCUGCAGUGCUCCCCAGGUCUAUAUCUAUGGCUCUCCAGGACCUGCCCCCUUCUAGGAUGGCUCUUCUGGGAAUGCUGCUCGGGCUGCUGAUGGCUUCCUGCUUCACCUUCUGCCUCAGUCAUCAGAACCCGGAGUUUGCGCUCACCAGCCCAGAGAAGAGCAGGACCAAAGAAGUGGAGAGAAAGGAAACCACAGCAGAAGAGGAGCUGGACUCCGAGGUCCUGGAGGUGUUUCACCCGACCCAUGAGUGGCAGGCCCUUCGGCCAGGGCAGGCUGUCCCUGCUGGAUCCCAUGUGCGGCUGAAUCUCCAGAGUGGGGCAAGAGAAGUGAAACUCCAAGAAGAGGACAAGUUCCGAAGUAAUUUGAAAGGGUUGAAAAAAGGCAGAAGGCUGGACAUCAACACUAACACCUACACAUCUCAGGACCUCAAGAGUGCACUGGCAAAAUUCAAGGAGGGGGCAGAAGUGGAGAGUUCAAAGGAAGACAAGGCAAGGCAGGCCAAGGUUAAACGACUCUUUCGCCCCAUUGAGGAACUAAAGAAGGAGUUUGAGGAGCUGAAUGUUGUCAUUGAGACUGACAUGCAGAUCAUGGUACGGUUGAUCAACAAGUUCAACAGUUCCAGCUCCAGCCUAGAAGAGAAGAUUGCUGCACUCUUUGAUCUUGAAUAUUAUGUCCAUCAGAUGGAUAAUGCACAGGACCUGCUUUCCUUUGGCGGCCUUCAAGUGGUGAUCAAUGGGCUGAACAGCACAGAGCCCCUGGUGAAGGAGUAUGCUGCGUUUGUGCUGGGGGCUGCCUUUUCCAGCAACCCAAAGGUCCAAGUAGAGGCCAUUGAAGGGGGAGCCCUACAGAAGCUGCUGGUCAUCCUGGCUACAGAGCAGCCUCUCCCUGCAAAGAAGAAGGUCCUGUUUGCGCUGUGCUCCCUUCUGCGGCACUUCCCCUACGCCCAGCAGCAGUUCCUGAAACUGGGGGGGCUGCAGGUCCUGAGGAGCCUGGUGCAGGCGAAGGGCACAGAGGUGCUGGCCGUGCGCGUGGUCACUCUGCUUUAUGACCUGGUCACUGAAAAGAUGUUUGCUGAGGAGGAGGCCGACCUGACGUGGGAGACGUCCCCAGAGAAGCUGCAGCAGUAUCGCCAGGUGCACCUCCUGCCGGGCCUGCGGGAGCAGGGCUGGUGCGAGAUCACCGCCCACCUCCUGGCCCUCCCUGAGCACGAUGCCCGAGAAAAGGUGCUGCAGACGCUGGGCGCCCUCCUGGCCACCUGCCGGGACCGCUACCGUCAGGACCCCCAGCUCAGCAGAACGCUGGUCAGCCUGCAGGCUGAGUACCAGGCUCUGGCCGCCCUGGAGCUCCGAGACGGUGAGGAUGAGGGCUACUUCCGGGAACUGCUGGGCUCCAUCAACAGCUUGCUGAAGGAGUUGAGAUGAGGCUGCUCCCCAACACUGGGACUGGACUGGGACUUUAGUGAGGCUGAUGGGCACCAGCUUGGCUGGGCUCUUCAGGGGAUACCAGCCAGGAGGGAGGACUUCCCUACUGGGGCCUGGACAUCAUCUGGGUGGUGCUGGCUUGGCCAUUAAAUGGAGGCAUGAGGGCCGUUGUCUGUUGUGUGUCUCUGCAGACUGGACACAGUCCUGUGGUUGGGGGACCGUAUCUAGGAGCCCCCAGGUUGGGUAGAUAGGCACCUGAGGAGCCCCUGAUGACACGGCGGAUGAUCAGCCCAGGGCAUCCAGUAAUAGGCCCCAUGGGAAGGGUCUGGGCUCAGGAGUUGGAAAACCCUGGCUGCGACCCAGCUCUUCCCCACCCAGUAGCUCUGUGACCUUGGCAAGUCAUUUGCCUUCCCCUGGGCCUGUUUUCUCAGCUGUCGCAGGGGAGUGCCGUUAAGUGUGAGAAAACAUGCAUAAAGCACUACAGCAGGGUCAGGCGCCCUGCUUGUUCUUUCCCCCACCUGGCUCUGACGGAAGGUCUGGGGGAUCAUCUCGCUGCCCCCUGUGCCCCAGACAUAGCUUUGACGCCCCUGGCUGUGUGUCAGCCCCAGCAGCUUACAGGCUGGGGGCAGGGUGCUGGAAGGACUGGGGGUGGCCUGCGGCACUCCGGAGGACCCUUGGGUGUAGGCCUCGCUCUUGGAGAGGUGUGAUCUCCCUGAAACUGGAAGAAGGCCCGCCUGACAGGGCCCUCUGUGCCCUCGCCCCUCCCCCGUGUCCACCGAGGUGCACUGCGGGGGUGGCCUCGGAGGCGGGGGCAGCCGAGCCCGGCAAGUCCCGGCUCCCCCCCCACAGGAGCCCUGUGCCAGGCCUGGAGCCUGCUGCAGGUUGCCAUGGCAACCCCGGCCCUGGGCUUUCCUGAUUUGGAUUCUGGUGCGUUUGUUUUUCAGCCUUUCCCAGUGCAUCACAGGCUCACUCCUGCUGCUUAGGCAGCCCCUCCUGGCCUCUGUGUAGAAAUCUCCCCUUCCUGGUCUGGCCUGUAGAAAGCUCAGCUUCACGGAGCUCAGGGGGAAACUGAGGCCUGCACAAAUAUAGGGCAGUGGGUGGCUUCCUUCCCCAAAGUCCCUUGGCUUGGCCUCACACCCUCUUAGGCCCACCUCAUGCCACAACACACAGGAAGCUCGGGAGAGAGCUGUCGCCUGCACACAACCCCCCCCAGGAAGGCACGAGGGAAGCAGGAACCUGUUUUGCCGGGGUAGGAAGCCUCAUGGCUCAGGCAUCGUGGGGAUCAGACCCAAAAGUCUACCAUGUACUGGGUACUUUCUGCCUCAUUGCCUUUAAAACCUUUAAGUCACCUUCUGAGUAUGUUUUACAGAUGAGGAAAUCAUGGCUCAGGGAGGCUGAAUGGUCCCCUGAGGUCACACAGCUUUUGAGAGGCAGAGCUAGGAUUUGGUUCCAACAUGCUGUGGAAAGCUUGAAUAUGUGGCUCAGAAGGUGAUAGUGUUGAAUUUGACAGGCAGGGGUGGGAGGACCAGGAUGGGUGGCAGAACAGCUGCUCUGUGGUGAAGCAGGGCAGAGUUCAGAAAGGAGGUGCUGGGGCCUGGCUAGGGUCAAGGUCAAAGGUCCCUUUAAAGAUGGUGUCAGCAGACUCUGUGGGUGAAUUUGAGAAAGGGGGGUGGGUGAUAAGGCUGCCCCAGCACAUGCUGGGAACGAAGGCUCGGGUUGGGGACAAGUCUGGUAUGGGCCUCGUCCUGACAGAGGUGAGCUCUGAGGUUGUGGGAGCAGCUGCACCUUUGAGCAAGGGCUGGUGAGGACCUGCUGAGCUGUGGAGGGGGACUUGUGUUGGCCUCGGAUGGUAGCAGCUGGAGCUGGGCUUCCCCAGAGUCCUUGAGUCCUCUUUGACCACCAGGAUCUGAUCUGGGAUAUGGGAAUGGGUCCCCAUGGAAGGAAUAACACUAGUGGGGGCUUAAUUGAGGACCCCAGUAUCUCUCCACCCUCAGGCAUGUGGCACAAAAUAGUGUUUAACUAUAAAGCCAGUGGCGGGUGGCCUCUGGGUGGCUCGGUUGAGCGUCUGCCUUCGGCUCAGGUCAUGAUCCCGGUUGUGGGGGGUUGAGCCCCGCAUUGGGCUCCCUGCUCAGCGGGGAGGCUGCUUCUCUCUCCCUCUCCCUUUGCCCCUCCCCCUGCUCAUGCUCGCUCGCUCUCUCUCAAAUGAAUAAAUAAAAUCGUAAAAAAGAAACAAAGCUAACAGGAGACGUUGGGCCCUGGGCUCUUUGUGGGGAGUGGAGGCGGGGGCGUGUCAGUGGGACUGAAGGAGCAACCGGGGGCCGUGGUGAGGGAGCCGUACCAGUGCCGUGGUGCUGAGCAUGCAGGCCGGGUAGUUUGACUGCUACUGCCCUCCUCCCCACCCCACAUCCACACAGACAAGACAUAGGGAAGGGGGAAGUUUGGUCUGUACUCCUCUUACUAGCCUCUGACCUUCUGGACCUUGAAGCAAAACCUCCUGGACAAAGGCAGCAGUGUGACUCAGGGCUUUGGGCUCAGGCCCAGGCUGCUUGGCUGUGGGUUCUGGUUACACCACCCAGCUUAUCACUGAUGGUCUGCAAGCGAAAAGGAGACUUUCUCUGUCCUCCCUUUGGAUGCCAUCCUGGAAACCGUGGCCAAGAAGUAGGACCUGGGCUCAGGCAGAAAGUGGUAAUGGGGGUUGUAGCCACCAGAACUCAGGAUGAUGUGACUUCUUCCUGCCAGGCCCUAGAGGCUACUCUCCACUUCUCCCACCCUUGUCAUGUGCUGGGGCCUUAUGGCAAGGACAGGACGGAGAACUCUGACUGGCUGACACCCUCUAGACCCUGGAUGAUUAUUGCUUCCCUGCUCCUCAGCAAGGCUGAAUGAGGCCCUCUCUGUGGGAGGAUGACAGGGAUGGGGAGUGGAGUGGUCGUCUGCCGUCCCCACCCUACCCCUCAGCAGACUUGGUUUUCAUUAAUUCACUUGUUCAUUUAUUCUUUCAUUCAGAUUGUGUUUGUUGAACACUCACUCGGUUAGGUCCCAGGGUUCUGAGGUUGGUAAGUCACAAGCCCUGCCGUCAGGGAGCUCACGCUCUGGUGGGGGAGGCGGCAGCGGUGUGACAUGUACUCUGGUGGGGGAGGCCUCGGUCAGUUGGAGCUGAGGGGGUGGUCAGAGGAGGCCAGUGAUAGCCAAGCUGAGACCUGAAGGACACGUGGAGAACAAGCCAGCUGAGGUAGGGAAAGGGUUUCAGGCCCAAGAAGAUAGAGGAAGACCUGUGCUGAGGGAGAGCGGUCCGAUGGAGGAACCCACAUGUUCAGUAGAACUGAAAGAAGUGAUGGGGUGAGGGGCCAAGGGGCCACAUGGAGCCACAGGGGUCGAGGGGACCACUUUGUCUAGCACCUCGUCAGCCUUGCUAAGGAGCGUGCCCUUGUCCUGAUGGAGGGGAAGCGAGGGCUGGCUUGUAGGCACUCUCCUGGCUGCUGCGAAGUCAUUUGCUCACUCUUUCAUCCUGACUUAGUACAAUUGCAUCCACCAGGUCCUGUUCUAGGGCAGGAGGUGGUCAGAAGAACAGUGGUGGGAGGGGCGCACCGGGACAAGUAUGCGAAUGCUGAGAAAAAUAGCAUUUAAUAGCAUUCCAGCAGUGAAUGCCAAGGAAAAUAAAGUACAAGGGGAGAGAGUGUUAGGGGCUCCCUUUUUGGACCUAGUGGUCAGGGAAGGCUUCUCUGAGGAGAUGCAGUGUGAACAGAAGGAGGCAAAGCAGUGAGCCCUGUGGGGGUCUGGGGCGGUGCUUUGUAGACCAGAGAGAGAGCAGAGACAGGUGUCGGAGGAAGAGCAAGAGUCCCAGUACGGAGAGAAGAGCGAGCACAGCAGGGCAGCUCCUGCUAGCUGUGGCCGGGACUUGAGCUUUCUCUUCGCAGUGGUGCGCUGGAGAGCUAGGGGCCGAGGAGAGGCCUAACAGGACUGACACUUUAACGGGAUCACUCUUGUUGCGUGGUGAACACAGGCAGCACGGGCAGGGACAGUGGCAGGGGGCCCAGCGCUGUGUCUGCUGCAGAGCCAGGUGGGAGUUGAUGUGGUUUGAUCCGAGGUGAUGAGAGAGAAGGCGGUGCAAAGCGCUCGGACCCAGAUGUGUUCCCAAGGUAGAGCUGAGAGGACGCGCUCGCGGACGGCAUGUGGCUGAGAGGAGAGGGGUCAAGGGUGAAUGAAGCCUCACUCUGGGGCUGGCUUCCCAUUCAGAAGUGGGAAGGCAGAAAAGCAGGGGAAUACUGGGACCUGGCCCCGUCCAUACUGAGUUGGCCAUUCAAGCCAGGGACACCGACUUGACAGCCAGAGCCAGUCUGCAGCCCAGGGGAGAGGCCGCCUGUGAGGAGCGCGCGCCAUACGGGUGUCCGAGGUGCUGUGAGCUGCUUGUUCGACACAGCUCCUGUCAAAAUCAAAUUCCACAAACUUAAAAUUAAAUGACAUAUUAAAAAAGCAAAAGUAAUUUUUUUUUUUUAAAGAUUGUAUUUAUUUAUUUGACAGAGACACAGUGAGAGAGGGAACACAAGGGGAGUGGGAGAGGGAGAAGCAGGCUUCCCACCGAGCGGAGAGCCCCACGCGGGGCUCGAUCCCAGGACCCUGGGAUCAUGACCUGAGCCGAAGGCAGACGCUCAACGACUGAGCCACCCAGGCGCCCCAAAGCAAAAGUAAUUUUUAAAAACCAGCAGAAGAAGAGCAACAGAAGAGCUUCUUGUAAACCAAAACAGAAGAAAAGGACAUAAUAAAGGGGCAGAAACCAAUGAAACUGAAGACAGCAAAGUUAGAGAAAAUCAAGGAAAUGCAAGGUGGUUCUUUGAAAAAAGAAGACACAAAUUACCCAUCUCGGGAAUUAAAAAGAGGAUAUCACUGCAGACCCUGCAAGCAUUAAAAGGAUAAUGAUUGAGCACUACAAACAAUGCUAGGUCCAUAAAUUUGACAACUCAGAAGAAAUGAUGGACGAGUUCCUUGAAACUACUGUUUUUCAUUGUAUUAGUUUGCCACUGCUGCUCUAAUAAAUGACCACGAACUUCAUACCUUAAAACAACUCAGAUUUGCUCUACCGUAGUUCUGUAGCUCAGAAGUCAGACACUGUUCUCAUGGGCCAAAACCCAGAGUCCAGAGUCGUCGGCCGGGCUGCAUUCCUUCCUCAAGGCGCUGGGUAGGAUCCGUUGCCUUGCCUUCUCAGCACCUGGAGGCUGCCUGCAUUCCUUGGCUUGUGGCCCUGUCCUCCAUCUUCAAAACCAGCAAAAGCCACUCAGCUUCUCAUGUGACACCACUCUGACCUUCUCUCCUGCCUCCCUUUUCCACUUUAAGGCCCCUGUGAUUACAUCAGGCCCACCGGCAUAAUCCAGGAUUGGUUUAAAACCUUCCCACAAGAAAUCUUCAGACUCAGUUUCCCUGGCAAAUUCUAUCACACAAUACCAGUUCUAUAGUCUGUUCCUGAAAAUAGAAGAAUCCACUCCCAAACUCAUUCCAUAAGGUCAGGGAUCACUGGGGAGGGGAGAUCUUACAGGCAGCGUUAAGGACUUUAGAUUUUCCUAAGGUCUCUACUAAAAUCCUCAGUGCAGAACUUGUCAACAGAAUAUAUUAGCAAGGGGUGCCUGGGUGGCUCAGUUGUUAGGCAUCUGCCUUCGGCUCGGGUCAUGAUCCCAGGGUCCUGGGAUCAAGCCCCGCAUCGGGCUCCCUGCUCUGUGGGAGGCCUGCUUCUCCCUCUCCCACUCCCCCUGCUUGUGUUCCCUCUCUCGCUGUGUCUCUCUCUGUCAAAUAAAUAAAUAAAAUCUUUAAAAAAAAAAAAAAAAAGAAUAUAUUAGCAAAUCGAAUACAGCAGGGGUUUACCCUGGGAAUGCAAGGCUAGUUCAGCACAAUUCCCCAGAUUAACAGACUAAAGAAGAAAAAGCCACAUGUUCAUCUCAAUAGAUGCAGAAAAAAAGUAACAAAAUUCAAUAUCCGUUCAUAAUGAAAACUCUCAGCAAAUUAGGGAUAGAAGGGAAUUUUGUCAACCUGAUACAAGGAAACCACAUAAAAACCUAUAACAAAAAUCAAACUUCAUAGUCAAAGACUGAUUUGUUUUUCCCCAAGAUUACAAAGAAGGCAAGAAUGCCAGUGCCCUCUACUCUCUUCUUCUCUCCUUUUCAAUAUUUGUACCAGAAGUUCUAGGCACUGCAGUAAGGCAAGAAAAUGAAUAGGCCUACAGAUUGAAAAGAAUAAAUCAAACCGUCUAUAUUCAUAGAUGACAUGAUUGUCAAUGUAGAAAAUACCAUGGAAUGUACAAAAAAAUCUAGAACUGACAGUGAGUUUAGCAAGAUGACAGGAUAUAAGGUAACGUCUAAAAAUCAAUUAUAUUUCUGUAUACUGGCAAUGAACAACUGGAAAUGAGAUUUAAAAACAGUACCACUGGGGUGCCUGUCUGGCUCCGUCGGUGGAGCGUGCUACUCUUGAUCUCAGAGUUGUGAGUUUGAGGCCCACCUUGGGUGUUGAGAUUACGUAGGAAUAAAUCUAUUAUAAAAAAAGUACAUUAAAAAGUAAGAAUAAAAAUAAAAACAGUACCAUUUACAAUACCACUGAAACAAACAUGUAAAUGAGGCAAAAUAUGUGCACAGUUGUUAUGCUGAAAACUAAAACACUAAUGAAAGAAAUAAAAAUUAUCUAAAUAUACCUGAUCCUUGAACAGUGUGGGGGUUGGUGUACUGACCCCCGUGUGGUGGAGAAUCCACACGUAACUUUUUUUUUUUUUAAGAUUUUAUUUAUUUAUUUCAGAGAGAGAGAAUGAGAGAGAGCACAUGAGAGGGGGGAGGGGCAGAGGGAGAAGCAGACUCCCCGCCGAGCAGGGAGCCCGAUGCGGGACUCGAUCCUGGGACUCCAAGAUCAUGACCUGAGCCGAAGGCAGUCGCCCAACCAACUGAGCCACCCAGGAGCCCCUCCACACGUAACUUUUAACUUCUCAAAAACUUAACUACUAACAGCCUACUGUUGACCAGAAGCCUUAUAAGCAAUGACAUACACAGUUGAUUUACACAUACGUGGUAUGUUAUGUGUAUUACAGAUUGUAUUAGAAUAAAUGAGAGAAAAGAAAAUGUUAUUAAGAAAAACCCAAGAAAGAGAAAAUACAUUUACAGUGCUCUUACAUAUUUAUUGAGGAAAAAAUCCACCUCUAAGUGGACCCGUGCAAUUCAAGCCCGUGUUCUUCAAGCCUCAACUGUAAAUGGAUUCAUGGGUUGGAAGACAAUCUACCCCCCUCCAAAUUGAUCUAUGGAUUCAAUUCAAUCCCAGCAGGAAUAUUUUAGAUCUCAAGAGUGUGAUGUGAAAAUUUAUGUGGAGAUAGAAAGGAAUUGGAAUAACUAAAACAGUCUUGAAAAAGAGGGGGAAACGUUGGAGGACUCACACUAGCUGAUUUUAAGACCACAAAGCUAUGGUAUUCAAGACAGGGUGGCAUCGGUCAAAGAACAGACACAUAGGGGCGCCUGGGUGGCUCAGUCGUUCAGCGUCUGCCUUCGGCUCAGGUCAUGAUCCCAGGGUCCUGGGAUCGAGCCCUGCAUCGGGCUCCCUGCUCGGCGGGAAGUCUGCUUCUCCCUCUCCCACUCUCCCUGCUUGUGUUCCCUCUCUCGCUAUGUCUCUCUCUGUCAAAUAAAUAAAAUCUUAAAAAAAAAAGAA